AUGGUCACAACACCCACCAAAUCAGCCCUCAUCACCGGCUGCAGCGAGGGCGGCAUAGGCCAUCACCUUGCUCUUGAAUUCCAGCGCCGCGGCAACAUCCACGUCUUCGCCACCGCCCGCUCUCUCGCCAAGAUGGAACCCCUCGCCGGCCUUCCCAACGUUACCCUGCUAGCCCUGGACGUCACCAGCCAGGCCUCCAUCGACACCGCCGCCGCCGCCGUCGCCGCUCACACCGGAGGCACGCUCGACUACCUCGUCAACAACGCCGGCCUCCAGUAUGUCAUGCCCGUGCUGGACCUCGACAACGCCCUGGCCCGCCGUCUGUUCGAUGUCAACUUCUGGGGCGUCUUUUCCGUCACGAGAGCCCUUGCGCCGCUUGUCAUUGCCGCCAAGGGUACCAUUGCCAACCUGUCGUCCAUCGGGACCCUUCUCUCCUUACCAUACCUGGUGACCUAUGCAAGCUCCAAAGCCGCCGCCGAGGCCUUCAGCGAGGGCCUCCGCCGCGAACUCGCCCCUCUCGGCGUAAAAGUCGCCACCGUCAUGGUAGGCGGCGUCAAGACCAACAUCCACAGCAGCCACCCGGCGCUGUCCCUCCCCGAGGACUCCUUCUACAGGCCCGUCGCCAACCGCAUCGCCGACCGUGCGGCCGGCCGCGAUGCUGAACAGUACUUGGGCCCGCCCGAGGACUUUGCACGGGGGCUCGUGGACGACCUGCUUCGGGGUGCGAGCGGGAAGGUGUAUCAUGGCAAGAUGGCUUCUAUGGCUGGCAUUGCGAGGCUCCUUCCGUCGUGGCUCUUGGUAAGUAGAUGGAUAAGAUUCCCAGUCUAA